CACGGCGCAAAAAAUUAUCAUGCUUCCAGCUAUCCAACGCCGCCUCUCUUUUCCCUCGACAGAGCUCGAGAUUCACGUCGUCGGCUUGCGCGUUUCGACAACGCGCGCCUAGAAUCCUCGGCCAGUUUUUGUGGCAACCACUCUCGCUUCAGUGGUUUUGGAUCGCUCGGGACAAGGUCGCACCAACCAGGCACGCAUGAGCUUUUGAAAGGCUUUGGGCGCUCACGAAGGACUAUUUCGACCAACAAAAUCGGGCGCCAUGGAUUCGAGGCAGCCGCCACCUCAACACCCGUUCUCCAGGAACGCUGCCUCGCCUUUCAGCCGUCCAUCCUUCCCGACGCCGGCGACGUCGCAACCACCGUAUCCACCCGCCCCAUCACAUCCCUCCUCGACAGCUGCCUCAUAUCCCGAACUGCACUCGCGAAAACAGUCCGACCCUCCACCGUACUAUCCGCCGUCCCGACAAUAUCCUGCAGAACCCGUGCCGGGCCCGAUGCCGCCUGCCGCGCAUUCGAGACACCAAAGCACUUCGUCAAUAUCGUCGGGUCCCCAGAUGGCUCGAGGCAUGCCGCCACCGACUUCACCUCCACAACAGCAACAGCCCCAACAGCAGGGCCAAGGCCCGGGCGGUCCCACCCUCGGUGGACCAUAUGGCUUGCCGCAGCCGCGCCCCCCGCCAGUCUCCUAUCCUCCAACGGUCUCGACGGGCCCUGGGCCUGCUUACACCCAGUCGAUGCACGCGUCCCCGAGGAUGCCUUCGGCAACUGUGUCCGACUAUGCCGCUUACCGACGGCCCCAGACUCCGGACCACCACAGGAUGUACGAGAGCCGAGACCCGCGAGCACCCACCGCCACGUCACCGCCCGCAUAUAACUCGACACCUGAAAUCCAACGGUACGGCACGCCACAGGCAUACCCCCAAAGAGGGCAUCCGCUGCCCGUGGCAGAGCAAGGCAGGGAGACUGGGCGCAUGCCUGCAAGCGCUGUCCCUCCACGGCCUGGCACUUCGCCGAAGCCAUAUCCAGGUGGUGGGCCUGCUCGGCCUGUGGAUACGGGGAGGCCACCAAACGAACUGUAUGGGCAUCGGGAAGAUUUUCGGCAAUCGGAGGAAUACAACCCAGAGCGUCCCAUUCGGGUGAUGCAAUAUGAUGAGCAAAGGUACAUGUCGGAAAGGGAGCGCCACGAACGGGAGCGACAACAGCGAGAACGGGAGCACCGGGAACGGGAGAUGGAGCUCCGCGAGAGAGAGCUCCGAGAGAGAGAGCGGAGAGAGAGGGUUAUGUCGGGGGUAGAGACGUCACGGCCACACGGGAUGCAUCCGCAAGAGUACGCACGGCAGAUGGAUCAGCGGGGACCACCCUACAGCAUGGGCCCGGACCCCAGAGACCAAGUCCACUGGUCAAGGCCCGGGUAUGAGCCGAGCAGAGCCCCGUAUGAUCCUGCCAUGCACCUACCGAGACACCCAGACUACCCACCUACGACAGCACCCCACUACAACGGACCGCAUGGCUACGCUUCCGCGCCGAACGAACGCCACCUACUGCCUUCCCAUUCUCAUCACCAACCGGGCAUCGCCCCGCCGGGGCCUGCACAUGCCCAGGCGUACGAGUCUCCAGACCGGCAGCGCAUGACUAUGAUGCAUCUCGACCGACCGCAACAGCAGCAGCCGCCAUCGCGUACCCGGGAGGAAGCCUCGGUUCCCCCGCCGUCAGUCGCCUACAGCUCCGUCGGGCCGUCCAUGUACGAGCAGCCUCGAAGUCGAACAAUGGACGAGCUGAGCGCCCCACAUGGGCAUCAGCGAAACCUGCUAGGGAUUCAGGAGAUCAACCGCAAAGGCCGCAUUUCUCCCCUUCCGCAGGCCGUACAAGGAGCGCAGCCCCAACUCGCCGGCCCAGCCGGUGAACCGGGAAUCAAAAGCGAGUUUGGACGUAUGUUUUCGGGGAUUGGUAGCGGCGUCGGCACAAUAUCGAGCCCGGUUCCUACGGGAGCUCAGCUUGCAUACGGCCACGCCGGUUCUCUUCGCCGGGAUGACGACGGACCGCCGCAGGAAUCCGGCAUAGAGAUGGCCAAGAGUGCUCCGGCAAGUCGUAAGCGGAGGAAAGUGAAGGAAGAAGACGGACGGGACGAAGAGGGCAGCACAGGAAGACAAACUCCGGUCGCAAGUCGGGCAAAGAAGGCAAAACCUCAUGCUCAUCACCACCACCAUCACCAUCACCACCAUCAUCAUGCCCAUCACCCAUUGGAACAGAUGUCAUCGCCGGGGCUUUCGGGCAAUACUCCUUUCAAAGCCAUCAAGGGUUCCACGCCUGUCCCCUCUCCGACGUCGGCGCUCGCCAGGGAUCUACCGGGUGCUCACCACCAUCAUCACCACCAUCACGUUGCCCCACGACCGGCCGCCGGCAACUCGAGCACAAGACCUGCCCCACCGGUCCGGAGCCCGUCGCCAGUCAUUCUACCGAAACCGCGGCACAUUGUCUCGUCCAAGGCCGUUUUGGACAGUGUCGCGGACCGCCCAAGGCUCCACCUCGGCGAUGUCGUGUACGAACCGAUCUUGAAGCGAGCCCGGUUGCAGGACCCGCGCACCGGCCGCCCACCCCGCAGCGGGUACUCGUCCACGCCGAAACCGCUGCCGUGGGAUCUGAUUGAGGGCAAGGAGAACUGUACGCUGACCAUGAAGAUUGGAAAGGAACAUCUGGUUCCGGCCGCGCGUGAGGAGAUCACGUCGCGGCGCGCGUUGUGGGGCACCGAUGUGUACACGGACGACUCGGACGUCGUGGCCGCGUGUAUCCAUGCCGGCUGGAUCAGGGGCGAGUGGCCCGAGGAUGUGGACGUCAGUAUGCUGGGCCUUGAUGAGGGGUAUAGCGUGUCGGAUGUCAAAGGGGUCGGGAACGCAGUGGCACCUGUGCAGCAGUCGUCCUCUUCCAACAUGCUCGUGCUGACGGAACCGCCGAAGAACGGGCCCAUGCAGGUCCCACCUAACCGAGAUCUGCAUGUUACGUUGCUCAUCCUGCCCCGGCUGCAAAAGUACGCGUCUUCCACGCGGUUUGGAAUUCGGAGCAGGGAGUUUGGUGGGCUCAUUGGUGACGGCACCGAGAACAAGCAGCGGGCGAUCCAUGACGGGAUCAGCUUCAUGAUCAUCGGCCUGCGUUGGGUUGUCAAUGGCGGCGAGUCUCAGAACCGGUUGAGGGGCAAGGCACGGCGCGAGAGGAUACGCAAGGCGCUGAGGGAGGUGGCGCUCACGCCUGCUUGGGCUGGUGGGGCGCGGAAUGGGGACGCUCCCGGGGAGAUUCACCCGGGACAAUGGUGGAAACAGUCUAGUGCCGCGGCGAGCAGCAAACCGCCGAGUGAAGGGGAUAAGGAGAAUCGUGGCCCUCCGACGGGCGGACAGAGGCAGCACCAGCACCGAGAGACGGAUGAUCGACACCGGGAGGGUAGUGGUGAGAUGGAGGUCGACGAGCGGCGGGGGGAUGAGGAGUGUGGGCGUGGCGAUGUGCUGUCCGGGGAGAAUGCUGGGAAGGAAACCGUGGCAGAGGUGAAGGAGAAGGGGACCGGGGGAGAGGCGGGAGGUGAGGCAAGGCAGAACGGCACUGGUGCGGAGGAGGAGGCUGAGGGCAAGGCUGCUGCUGCUGUUCAAGCUGACUCCGAGAAGUAG